AUGUCACAUAAGAUUAACGGAAUACUAUCUAAUAAUCAUGGUGUGCGUAAUGGAAGAAUUGUUAGUGUUGAUCCUAUUACUUUAGUCAUUAACGAAUGUAUGAUAAUGGUAUCAGCCAUGAGGAGGUCAAAUAAAUGGUCACAAGGUGGAGUUGCAAGUCUUUUGAAUGCAAGUGAACUUUUUGGAGGAAAUGAUGAUGGAGAUGGUUUUUCCAAUAGUUUAGGAAUAUCUUCAAUAUUAAAUAAUCAUAAUAUUUUGUCUGAUAAAAGUUUUGAUUCAAAUGGUUCAAGUAACAAUAAUAGACCAAUUCAAGGUAAUCCUUUAUUAUCAUCAUUUUUACAAUUAAGAACAAUUCUUACUGAUUCCAAAAAUAUAUAUGAUAUUGAUAGUUUAACUUUACUACAACCUUUUUUGUUGGUUAUUAAAUCAUCUACCACAUCAGGAUAUGUUACAGGAUUAUCAUUAAAUGCAGUUUCAAAAUUUUUGACUUAUGAUAUUAUAUCAAUUAAUUCCAAAAAUCUUCAACAUUCAUUAAUUCAAAUAGUUUCUGCAUUAACUCAUUGUCGAUUUGAAGCUGCCGAUCAAAAUUCAGAUGAUGCUGUAUUACUCAAAGUUUUGAGGUUGAUGGAAAAACUUAUGGAAAGUCAACUUUCAAGUUUAUUUUCAAAUGAGAGUGUAUCAGAAAUAGUACAAACUUGUUUAUCAUUAGCAUGUAAUAAAAAGAGAAGUGAAGUACUACGAAGAGCAGCUGAAAUGACAAUGAUGUCAAUAACUAUGGAGAUCUUUACCAGACUACGAGAAAUUGAUUUAGAUAAGGAAACAGCUGAUGAUUUAAGAACAAAUUUUUCAAACACAAAAUUACCAGAGGAUAUAAUUGGAGGAACUGCUGCAAUAGAAAUUAAUGAUAAAAAUGUUUCAACAGAAAAUUUAGUUUCUGAUAAUUCUUCUUCAAGGAAUCUGUUUGAACAAGUUGAUGAAGAAUUUGGAAUAAUUUGCAUAAAUGAAUUCUUGGGAAUACUUGUUUCUAUAAUAUCUCCUUCAAAUCAAUAUCAACAUAUGGAGAGCACAAGAGUUUUUGCAUUAUCUCUUAUAAAUACAGCUGUUGAAGUUGCUGGUUCAGAAAUACCUAAGCAUUCAUCACUUUUAACAAUGAUUGCAGACCCAGUAUCAAAACAUAUUUUGCAAAUAAUUACAACUACUGAAUCCGUAACACUUUUAAGAGCUGCUUUACAAUUGUUUUCAACCAUUUCAAUAAUUUUAGGAGAUCAACUUAAACCUCAAUUUGAAUUAUCUGUUUCAUUAAUUAUUCAAACCCUAACACCAGAAGUUAAAAAGAUAAAAAGAGAUCAAAUGACAAAACCAAAAAAUAACAAUAUAAACAAAUCACCAAUUGUGAAAGAACUUUUACUUGAAUCAUUAAGUUUAUUGUGGACUAGAUCUCCAUCAUUUUUCACUCAACUUUAUAUCGAUUAUGAUUGUAAUUUUGACAAGUCAGAUUUAGCAGAAAAUAUAAUUUCAUUCUUAUGUAAAUUAUCAUUACCAGAAUCUGCUAAACUUACUACUCAUAAUGUUCCCCCAUUAUGUUUGGAAGGAGUUUUAUCAUUUGUAGUUGGAGUUAAUGAAAGGGCAAAAAAUUUAAAUUAUGACAAUAAAAGAGCUAAAAAGAAUAAAUAUAUUCAAAGAAAAAUGAAGAAAACUGCAUUUAUUAAAUGUACAGAAUUAUUAAAUAAGGAUCCUAAUGAGGGGAUUAGAUUAUUAGCCAAAGAGAAAUUCAUACUGGAUGAUAAUAUUGAUGAUUUAGCAAAUUUCUUUUUUUCAAAAGCAGGUAGAUUAAAUAAAAAAAUGUUGGGUGAAUAUUUAGCUAAACCCAAAAAUGCUGAUCUUUUAGAGAAAUUUAUAAAUUUAUUUGAAUUUGAAAAUUUAAGAGUUGAUGAAGCUUUAAGAGUAUUAUUAAAAGCAUUUAGAUUACCAGGAGAGUCUCAACAAAUUGAACGAAUAGUCGAAAAAUUUGCAGAAGUUUAUGUUUCAUGUCAAGAAAAAAGUAACGAGAAUAGAAGACUUAGUGGUAGUAGUCCUAAAAAAGGAUCUGAUACGGUUGAUGUUGAAUUAGAACCAGUUAAACCAGAUAAAGAUUCCGUAUUUAUUUUAUCGUACUCAAUCAUCAUGUUAAAUACAGACUUACAUAAUCCUCAAGUUAAAAGACAAAUGCUUUUAGAAGAUUAUAAAAGAAAUCUUAGAGGAGUUAAUAAUGGUAAGGAUUUUCCAGAAUGGUAUCUUUCAAAAAUAUAUUCAUCAAUUAAAGAUCGUGAAAUUAUAAUGCCGGAAGAGCACCAUGGAACAGAUAAAUGGUUUGAUGAUGUUUGGCACAAUCUUAUAUCGACCCAAGAUUUCAAACAAACAAAUGUUGUUGAAGAUGAUGAUUUAGUUGAAUUUUAUGAAUUUGAUAAAUUCUUUUUUGAGUCAGUUGUUGAAAAAGUUAUUAGUACUAUCAUGAAUGUUUACAACCAUGCGUCUGAUGAUCAUGUUGUUACCAGAUUGAUGUCAUCUAUCGAUAAAGUCGUUAACAUUUGUUUAAAAUAUGAUUUAGAUAGUUCUGUUGAUGAUGUGAUUAACAAACUUAUCAAAUUUAGUACAUUAUCCAAAUCCCCUAUCAAAAAAGUACAAACUGAUGAUAAUAUUAGAGAUGAAAUCCCUAUUACUCAAAUCAAAGUGGAAAAUAAAGAAGAUGAUGUUUAUGUAAGUGAUUUAGCUGUGUGGUUCGGAAGAAAUUUUAAAGCUCAAUUAGCUGCAGUCAUGUUGUUUAGAUUACUAAGGAAAAGUAAAUGCAAAAUAACCAAAUCUUGGAAUAAAGUCGUUGAAGUAAUAUUACACUUAUUUGAAAAUUGUUUAGUCGAUCCAAAUAUUUUUAUUGAAUUUCAGAAAAAAGUUCAACUUGGUCAAUUAAAUAAAGUUCCACCAAUAUUUGUCAUUAAAAAUACAAAAUCUUUAAAUAAUUCUGGAUUAUUAUCCACCUUCUCAUCGUUUUUGAAAGGUUAUUCUGAGGAUCCACCAGAACCAUCAGAUGCUGAAAUUGAAGCGACAUUAUCAUCAAUGGAUUGUAUUAAAUCAUUGAAUAUAGCGAAUGUAUUUGUAACUGUUUCCAAAAGUGAAUCGAGGAAUUUAGAUAAAUUCAUAAAAAUGUUACUUAUGGGUUUACCAAAAUAUGAUGAUAAAACGAAAAGAUUUUAUGAAACUGAAACAUUAUUUAUUUUGGAGGCUUGUGUUUGUUUUUGUUUAUUAUUGAAUGAACAAAGUAUAAUGUUACAUGUUUUGCCAUUUUUGAACCCCAAAAACAUUAGCGAAAAGAAUCAAGUAAGAUUAACGGCAUAUAAAUUAUUAAUUUUAAGAUAUUGUGAAGAUUAUUCUGAAUUGAUAGAAACAAUAAAGUCAAUCACUUCGUUUGAAAAGGAGCUUAUAGGUAAACAAGGCGGACAAAUUGUGCAACCAUUGCUCUCACUAUUAGAUGAUGACGCAUGGAGUUGUAAGAAAUUAUUGUCUGAAGAAGAAUAUUGGAACACAUUAAGAUUUUUAGGUUCUUUACAAGUGUAUGCAUUUGAUAUAGUUCCAUUUCUUGAAGGAUUUAUUGUUAAUGCUAAAGAUGAAAUAAGCCCAACCAAUUUUGUCUAUAUAUUAGCAUUGUUGGAUGAAAUAUCAUCAUUGGGUGCAAUUGGAUCACAGUUUGAACAAGAAAAUCAAAAUUUAGGUAAUAGUAAGAAAAUUGACAGUGUUUAUUACAGAGAUGUCAUAUCAUUAUCCAAAAAGUCCAUUGAAUUAACAACUAUAUUAACGCAAAAAUCAAAGGAGAAAGAAGAGUACAAAGAAAAGGACUUAACAAUUUAUGCAAUUCAAGCUCUUGGUCACCAAUGUUUUAAUCCAUGUAGAGAGAUAAGAGAGUUUGCAAUUAAAGCAUUAAGAUCUUCAACUCUUUCAAUUGAAUUUGAUCAAAGCAAGUUUUUGAAUGGUUUAUAUACUGCUAGUUUGUUUCCAUUAUUCAAGGAGUUAUCAAAACCUGAAGUUUUUCAAAAGGGUUCUAACGGAUUUGAUGCAACUCAGAAUGAAGUAUUUUCAGUUAUGUGUAAAGUGUUAUUGAAAAAUUUAGAUAAAUUGGAUAGUGAAACUAUUAAAGAAAUUUGGUUUGAAAUUUUAAAGAAUUUUGAAAAUUUUAAAGAGAAUAAUGGUAACUUUUUAAAAGCUGAACAAUUUGAAUCAAAUGCAGAAAGUAUCAAGAAUCUAUUGCUUGUAUUGGAAACUAAUGGAAUACUUGUUGAGAAAAAUGAUGAAUUUUAUACAAAAACUUGGAAGAAGAUUGAUGAACUUUUCCCGCUUUUAAGUAAAGAGCUUAAGCCUGAAAAAAAUUUGAAAGAACCUGAACAUUCUAAAAAUACCAAUUCCAAUUUUAAAGAUAGUGAGAAGAAGGACGCUAAUUAA